CAAAUCCUCGUAGUAUAAAGAUUUCAAAACAUUGCAAUCUGACGUGUUAAUCAACAGAUCAUUGCAAUGUCCGUAUUGAGAAGUCUAACCAGCUAAGUCGUAAAAAUUGCCCUAAAAAAUCUACUUGAAAAAUAUUCAUUUGCCAUUCAACUUAAAUUGUGAAUUUACUUAUUAUUACAACUGAGGGAAAAAUGAUGAACUUUGCCCAUAAUCCGACUUAUGUCGCUGCUUUGGGAAUGUCGGCACCAUUAGGACUGUCAGCUCACACUUUCCCGCCAAAUUCCUUGGGACCGGGGAGCCGGGACAGAAUGUUACCCCAGAGGUCUCCUUUUGGCAUUCAGGAGUUGUUGGGAUUAGGCAGCAAUGAGGAGAGUGAGAGGUUGAGAGUGUCAGAGGCCAUGAUUGGUCCUUACCUGUCGUCCUCUCUAGAGGCGUCCCGGGGGUCGGGAUUAAAAGACAGUCCCCCACUUCCCCCCUACUCGUCAUGGCGGUCUUCGUUUUUGAGUGCACUCACUAGCACAGCUCAUUCUGUACUCAAUCUCACGUCCCCUGCCACAAAAACGGAUAUCAAGCAAGUACACGAACAGUCGAGCAGUGAAAAGGUCGGCUACGAGACCACAGAACAACAAACUGUCGGCAAAAAGAAGAAGAAGAAGCGACGUCACAGAACAAUAUUUACAAGUUACCAACUAGAGGAACUAGAGAAAGCUUUCAAGGACGCCCACUACCCGGACGUGUAUGCACGUGAGGUGCUGGCACUGAAAACAAGCUUACCAGAGGAUAGGAUACAGGUUUGGUUUCAAAAUCGCCGAGCAAAGUGGCGAAAGACCGAGAAGACAUGGGGCCGCAGCAGCAUUAUGGCGGAGUAUGGAUUGUACGGGGCCAUGGUACGACACUCACUUCCGCUUCCGGAUACUAUACUUAAAAGUGCUAAAGAUGGCGUCACAAAUUCAUGUGCACCUUGGCUUUUGAGCAUGCAUAAAAAAUCCAUCGAAGCGGCAGAAAAAUUUAAGAGUGUUGAUGAAACCAGAUCAGAUACGUCAUCUCCGGACAUGCGCAAUAGAGAUGAAAGAAGGUCUGAAAGCAUUGCAACCUUGCGAGCUCGAGCACAGGAACAUAACGCAAAAUUUGGAUCAGAACUUUGUGACAAGUCUGACACGGAAAGUGAGGACGGAAAUUCAAGUUCAUAUAAUAGCAGGUUCGAGGAUCCAGAAUCAGACAAAACACUUGGAAAUGAAGAAAUUGAAGUGGUUUAAAUAUCUGUGUCAUUGUGUAAUAUUUUUAUGAAAUAGUCAUUAUAUUCUUGAUGAUUUAUAAAACGCAUGAAGAAAUAUUGUAACCUUAAUAUUAUUUGAGUGAAUGAUUAUUUUUUGGAAAGUUGUUGUUGAAAUUGCAUGAACAUCAUUCAUACACUACAUUAUAAUCAUUCUUAUUGAGUUUAUUGCAAGUAAAUAAAACAAAGCAGAUACUGAUUGAUUAAUUCUAUUUUCCAAUAAAGUGUCAUUGUUAGAUCGCAAAAUAAAUAGGGUCAUUUGUGAAUGUUUUGCACGUUUUUACAAGUAUUAUGUAAUCAUAUUUUUUAACAAAAUAUAUGUAAGAUGAUUAAACAAAAAU